AUUCAUAUUCCGAUAAAAGGACUGAUUGCAAACGUUAUCAAACAUAUUUUCAACAUAAAUACCACCAGGUUCAUAACAACGAUGAAAGAGAUUAAGUAAGCUUACUAUAGGAGAAAAUAGUGGCAUGGAUUAUCAAGACGACAGUGAUUUAGAGGGCAGUAGCCCCAGUGCUGAGGAUAUGAAACAAAUGAUGAUUGAAAAAGCUCACGAACUAUUCAGUAUCUGUGAUGUUGAAGAAAAAGGUUUUAUUACCAAACGAGAUAUGCAACGUUUGCAGAAAGAACUUCCGCUAAAUCCCGAACAAUUGGAGGCUGUUUUCGACUCUUUGGAUGAUGACAAAAACAACUUUCUAACUUUAGAGGAAUUUACGGAGGGUUUCGGAAGUUUUUUGGGAAUGCCAAUGAAUAAUGAAAAGAAGAAUUUAUCACGUUCUGGGACUGUUACUGAAGCUAUGCCGGAGAAGGUUUAUGAAGAUGAAACUGACAAUCUCAACGAUGAGGAACAAUUUUCAGACUUAUUGCAAAAUAUGGGUGCAAAUUGUGUUGUGGAAGAUUUCGAUACUGUUAGAAAUUUAUGGAUGAACUUGAAAAAGGAAGCUCCAGAAUUGUGCGUUAAUUUUGAAGAUUUUCUUUAUAGAAUGUCUAAUCAAAUGAAACAGAAAGUUAAUGAUUAUCAAAAUUUGGAGAAUAUUCUCCGAACUAAAUCUACUGCACAUGACGAAGAGGUAAGGCGAUUAUACGAAGAGAUGGAAAAUCAGAUUAAAACUGAAAGAGAAAGGAUUUUAAAAGAGGAAAAACUAAAAGAAAAGCAGGUUAGAGAUGAAAUGGAAAAUGAAAUUUUGGAAAAAGAUCGUCAGUUACAAGAUCUAUUGCUCAAGCACUCAGAGAUGCAAGAUCGUUUGCAGGUGCUAAAUAACGAAGACCUUGAAACGAAACAAGAAAAUGAAAAGUUACUACAGGAGAAAGAAGAGCUGGAAGAAAAGCUUAUUAUCUCGGACGAGCAACUAGAAGAAAGCCGUUCCUACAUAAAUCAAUUGCGAUCGCAGCAACGAAAAGAAAAACAAGAAAGAGCAAUGGCUGCAUUACAAAUUAGUGAGGGAAUAGCAUUGGAGAGGGAAAGUUUAGUUAAACAACUAGACCUUUUAAGGGAUAUGAAUAGGAAAUUAAGGGACAAUCAAGACGAAGAGGCACUUAGACGGGCAGGCGGUGAGAGACUAAUUUACCAAAGAAGUGAAGGAAUGGAAAUGGAUCCCGAUGUAGCUAGACAAAACGGUUCGUCUCCUUAUCAAAACUUGAGCGGAAAUGAGGAGGAGCCUACUGAUUCUCAGUCGUCGGCUGCCACCAAUAGAAAAGCCUUCCGGCAAAAGAGACAAGGCUCGGUUCUAUCCAAUUACUUUGAAGCACCCAGCCUGCAUUCCAAACUUGGAAGUUGUUUCGAGUCGGACGAGGAAGUUGAAUGCGACGAACUACCCUACGAUCAUUCAUUGUCUCAAAUUUCCGAAGCAUCUUCUGGCGGUCGAAACUUAGUCAGUUCGGCUCCGAUAUCUGAAAGAGGUCAACCAAUAGGAGCUUACUCUACAGUUGAAAAUCAAGAGAGAUUACAAUCUGGUGAAUCAAUGGCUGCUGUAUCAAAUAUUAACGAACCGGAAAGAGUAUUUAAAGUUGUAUUCGUGGGUGAUUCUGGCGUUGGUAAAAGUAGCUUUAUACAUCGUUAUUGUCAAGGCGUUUUCAAAGACUCAUUUAGCGCAACCAUAGGUGUAGACUUUAGAGUCAAACAACUCUAUGUGGAUGGGCAUCCUGUCGUUUUACAACUAUGGGAUACCGCUGGACAGGAAAGAUAUCGUUCCAUAACAAAACAAUAUUUUAGGAAGGCGGAUGGAGUUCUCGUUAUGUUCGAUAUUAUGAACGAAUCCAGUUUUUUGAAUAUAAGAAACUGGAUGGAGAGUGUAAAAGAUGGGGCGGAUGAAGCUGCAGUUAUUGUUCUAGUCGGAAAUAAGUUGGAUUUAGUUGAAAGUGAAACAACUAAAGUAGUCCAGUAUAAGGAAGGUUCUCGUGUUGCCGAAGAAUAUGAUGCUCUAUUUUACGAAACGAGCGCAAAGUCAGGGGAGAGCAUAAACGAUACAUUUGUUGGAAUGGCAAGACUGCUAUUGGAGAGAGAAGAUAAACAAAUAGAAAAGGCUUUAGAUCUCAGUGGAAGCAUGCAGAAAAAUAAGGGAUGCUGUGGAGCUACUAAAUAA